GCUGACACCGCAGGUGAACACUCCUCCAAGGGAGGAUUACGGAAUGCGGCAACCUUGACACCACAUUCGGACAUACAUUCCACGCCACGGCCUGACUUUACCAUUGUUUCGGGUUCAGAAUCUCCGAAACCAGAUCUGCAAUCUUACAAAGCGACACGGUCGGGCGGCGAUCUCUUCUCGUAGAGCAAAUCGGCAUGAUUUUAUCACGAAGAGUGUACCAGUUCCCGAUCCAAAAGUAGAACGUGCGAACGUAUUUCACAAACACUCAACAUGGACGACACAAAGCUGAAGAUGUCUCGAGCUGAACAGCACCCAGUGUUGCCGCUUCUGCCAUUGUCUUCAGGGCCGCCGAGUGCAACUCAAACUCUGAUCGUCAACUAUCCAGCUGCAAGACUUUCAACUAGUCCUGCAUCUUCACCGAACAUCGUCGAGCCUUCAAUUGAGCGGAAAGGGUCGGUGCACCCUAUGCUCGGGAACUCGAUGGAGCGGGGCAUGUCUCCUGGUGCCGAUUUCUUCGACGAUCAAUCGUCAGGGUCUGAGUGGGAGGAUGCGGACGACGAAGAUAGGACGCAAACAUUUUCAGUGGACGGGGAUGUCGGAUUGGGGCUGGGCAGUCUGGUACACUCCCCAGUCAGACAACAGCGCGGCUCUAGGGGAAGAAGUCGAGAAAGAACAGGAUUGACAGCACUACCACGAUUUGAGGUCGGGCAUGGUGAAGGCAAUGAUUUACCAAAGAGAGCAAGGCAUGUUUCUCUCACACGGAUGGAAAAAGCCCACGUGAAAGUCGUUCACAACCACGGUUCAAACGCCAGCACACCCCGCGGCUCAAUCACAAGCAACGCAUCCCGAGAAUCCGUCACACAGUCUACACAGAUAACCAAGCCAUAUCCCGUCGACCUGAGGAGUGGAGCAACUGUCUUACACGAAGGUGUCCAGAAUCGCCAUCGCCGGAACACCUCGGACAGCGUCAUCGCAGACUCCAUCAUCAAUGCCCAUCUUACCACAAUGCAAGCUUUGAACGCAUUGUCGCCCUCUGCUUCGAUCCCCGAGAUCUCUGGUCAUUCCUUGUACUCGGUAACAGGUACUGAGCUCCCUAAAGCUAGAUCUUUCAGCGACACAAGGCACAUCAGACUCUCACCAAUCUCUGUCAAGGACCGCAACAAUCUGCCUAGUCACUUUGUCAAGACACCCUACCCCUUCACAGCGAAGAAAGAGUUCCCAAAACCUGUAACAAGACCACGAUGUCACAACCUAGACGGUCGAUUAGACAGCGGUUAUGGUGGAGAUAGUGGUUUUGGUGGCGAAGGAUCCAACGACUCUGAUAUCAAAGGGAAACACGUUCUCGGCUUGAUGCCAAGCGGAGAAGAGUAUGACUUACGCAGCCGUCUCGACCGCAACGCCGAAGCGCAAGGGGUUCUUCGGACACAAAACACCCAUGGCGACAUGCACUGCCGUGAAAGCGUGCUACAUCUAAGCCUGCAGAAGCAGAGUAAAAAUAUAAGUCGACGACGAGCAAGAAUCAUCAUACCAAGCGACUUCUCGACUCCUGGCCCUGACCGCCACCAGAAUAUCGAUUUUGAUGACACAUAUCUUGCCGUACGCCUGCAAGCAGCGCACCGUGAGCUCACUGGCUCAUGGAUUAAGAGACAGUUUAGCGCAAAGAAAUUACGGUACAUCAGUCUCUGUCAGAGUAGCUCUUGGAGUGACUUUCAGGCAAUGCCGACUCAGCUUGCGGGGGGCGCGAACAGGCUUCUAGCCUUCGGUGCGGGAGCCGACAAGGAAGAUGCAACCUUCACAGAGGAUAAGCUCCUGCAGCUCUACAAGCACCCAAGAACAGGCAAGGCGAGAUACACUUGGGUUCACUGGGCGAGACGUGUGGCCACAUCUCAUGUAUCUCCUUCCUCAGGACCGCAGACGUCGGGCGCAAGUUGUCAAGACAGCGUGGAUGGGAAGGAGGGUAGUGUUAUACACCACCCAGUAUCUUCUCCGGCAGACGCUAUUACAACGGUCCAGUUCGUACACACACUUUCGACUCUCCGUGUCCUAGUAGCCCUUGCGCUGAUCCUGGCAACAAGUGCCCUAGCAGCUCUGCUGUGGAUUUUCUUUGGCGUAGGCAGUGGAUGGGUGGGCGACUUCGGACUACAAGCAGCGAACAGAGUGGGCAGUGGCAUGGCUUUAGGCGUCCUAGCUCUACUUUUUCAGUCACUUGGCUUCGGUGCCUGGAUUUGGCUAAGUUGAAGGAUGGGCUGAGGAUAGUAAUUGAACAUGGGCGGCUAUAUAUGGACUUUUACAUUCGAGUAUAUUACUUACACAGCACAUCAUUUAGCGUAAAUCAGCACGUAAUGCAUAAUCGUUAUCGAAAUAACGACCUUUCAUGAG